AUGAUAUCUGCAGAUACCGUGGCCAACUGGUACAGCACGAAAGGCGAGAACAGUAGAACGAUUCGAGAUUUGAAGGGACCACCAGGGGCGCUGUACUUGAUGUCGAGUGCUCAAUUCCAUGCCAAUGUGCACUGUCUCUUCACGGCAGACAGGCUCUGCGUACAGCUCGCUGCAUUGACAGUUGUCCAAACGACGGCCUUUAGCUCGACUUUACGUCGCCAGGCAAUCAUCAGCCAACCGUUUGGAUUGGUGUUGUAUGGUAUGGUUCUGAUUAUGGGCAUGGCUGUGAUCCUGACGGACCUCCUGGAUCGACAAAUCUUUGGUACGGCAGUCACAGUGGCAAACUUGGCGGCUCUGGUGCGGUUCGAAUGUCGUCUCAACAAGUAUGUGUUGUGGGGCAUCAUUGCGCUCGUAUUGGGCACAGAUGAAUCUACAAGGAUUAUGGAAGGCAACCCAGUGCUGCCCUUUGGAAGCAGUCUAUUACUUGUCGGUUGA